AUGGAAGGGGUGGCAGGGAUGAUGAGGGGAUUGAAGCUGUCAGAGGAGGAGAAUAAAGGGGUUAAGAUCAAGGUUGCAUCAAAGGAGAAGGAGAAGGAUUGGGCGAUACAGGCGGUAGGGAAGGUCAUGUCAGAGCGGCUGGCCCAUCCUGAUGCAAUCUGCCUCACCCUGGGGAAGGUUUGGUGCCCGAUCAAGGGGAUCGACUUCAAGGAGAUCGGGGUAAAUCAAUUCCUGUUCACGUUCCACCAAGAGUCGGGGAAGAGGAAGGCUGUAGAAAAUGGGCCAUGGAUGUUUGAUAAAGACCUUGUAGUGGUAGAAGAUUAUGCGCCAAGGAAGAGGCCGGAGGACUAUGCUUUCAAUGAUAUCCCAAUCUGGGUUAGGGUUUUUAACCUUUCGCUAGGCAUGAUGAAUGAGGACUCUGUAGAGGAUAUUGGCAAUAUUAUUGGCAGGUUUGUGGAGGCGGACACUGGAUCAGAUGGGAGUGCCAUCGGUAGAUUCCUGCGGCUCAAAGUCAGGAUGAGGAUUGACAAGCCCAUUAUGAGAGGUCUUACCUUGGAGGAAGGGGAGCAGAAGGGGAAGAGGAACAAGGAUGUUACGACAGUGGGCAAUGGUGAUGAAGAGGAGGAAGGAGAUUGGUGUAGGUUUGAAUAUGAAUAUCUACCGGAUUUUUGCUUCACUUGUGGUGUUAUUGGACAUGGGGAUAAGGACUGUACGACCAAGCUGAAGAAGGGAGAACGACAACAGUAUGGUAGAUGGCUGAGAGCAGACCUGGGCCAGUGGAGAGGAGCGAUGGAGGAGGGGAGUUGGAGAUCUGGGACUAGGAGCUUGGGCAGUUCCCGCAACUAUGGCUACAGCCGGUCCGGUGAGGACGCCUCGGCAGCGAGAUCUGGCAAUCCUAAGAGGCUUGAGCUGCAGGAAGGUGCACGACCAAAGGGAGGGGAGACGAAGGAGAACGAAGAUAAAUCUAGUGCCCCACAAGCUAUCAUGAACAAGGAUAUAGUGAUGUCGGUGGAAGACAAGGGUACCGUGGACCAGGAGGAUAGUGGUGGUAAGCAGGAAGGGGAACAUAUACUGGCAGGUGAGAAGAUUAAGAGCCCGAUUGGGAAGCGCUAUAAGAAGAAAGGGAUGGACAAGGUGGAUGGGUCAGGGAACAAGGAGAGGGAAGCGGUCCUGGGUCUAAAAAGGGGGAGAGUCGAGGAGGAUGUAGAGAAGGCGGGGAAGAAGGGAAGGGCGGAGGAGACAAGUGUAGAGGCGACAAAUGAUGCAAAACCGGCCGGGCUGCUUGAGCAGCCCCGCCGAGCACAAUGA